AUGUCGAAAUCGCUCUGCUCCACAUGUCAACUCAUUGACUUCCGAAAAUACCUUUACGAAAGCAAAUUUUUCAGCACCGCUCCACUGGCGCUGCUAGGUUCUUGGGAGCAGAUAUGUAAAAGAACCCAGUGUCCGUUUUGUCGUCUGGUUCAUGAUGGCUUCUCUUCUCACGCACAAAUACCGCCUAGCAAGUCUAUGAUCAUGCUCUCGAAUCGGAAAAGUUGGAAAUGCUGCAUUAGCUAUAACGAGUAUCAUGGCAUCAGGUGGAAAGAUUACUCAAAUGAGUUCGAUCUUCACGCUCAAGCCGAAAGAACGCACGCCGAGUCGCGAUAUCAAUUUGUGGUAUACUGGGAGAGGGGACCGCGAGAGUUCGUGGAGGUUUUCCUUCGGCCGCUACGUGAUGGGCCAUUUUAUGGCAGGAUCGUGGACCAAGAACGUGCGAAUCUCUCUUUAUGUCGAAAGUGGCUUGAUUUAUGCCAUGAUUACCACAACGGAGCUUCUGGGGUGUGUCUAGGAAAGAAGACGUCAAGACGGUUUUUACGGGAAGGCCUUCGCUUGAUCGACGUCGACGACAUGAGAAUUGUGAGAGGCUCAACCGACAAGGCCUACUAUGUUGCCCUAUCUUAUGUCUGGGGGCAAGAUGUCAUGAAAACAAAGAUGCCUCUGAGUUUGAAAAGUUCUGUUCGAAUCGACAAUGACGGCGUGGAAACGAUAGACCUGCCAGAUUUAUUACCUCGGACAAUACAAGAUGCAAUUGAAGUGACUCGCUCGGUCGGCUAUCGCUACCUCUGGGUGGACUCACUUUGCAUUAUUCAAGACGAUGCGGUAGAUCGAGACGGUCAAUUGAACAUGAUGGACGAGAUAUAUAGCAAUGCUAAUUUGACAAUUGCAGCUGCUUCCGGCUUGCAUGCGGACUGGGGAUUACCAGGAAUUAGCAGGCCGAGACAUUAUACUCAACGCUCCGAAACAGUUAUUAAUGGGGUGGAGCUUGCGCUUGCAUUCCCCUCCUUUCGUGAUCUCAACUCAAGUAUGACCCUUAACUGGAAUACUCGAGGAUGGACCUUGCAAGAGAAGUUGCUGUCCAAACGUAUAUUACUCUUCACCGACUUCCAAAUGUACUUUAGGUGCGCCAACUCGAUCUGUGCUGAAGACAUUGCUAUGGAAGCUGGGAUUCUCUCCGACAGCAUCAAGAAAAGACAAAAUCCUUUCAAAUGGGGUGUUCAACGGGAAAGGCCAAGUACAUUGGACAAAGUUGGCGACUUCAUCACCCUGGAUGCAUUAAAGCUCACGGACAAGAGCUGGAAUUUGACGUUCCUCCCAAACUAUGUGGCUUUGAUCGAGGAGUUCAGCCAGAGAACCUUCACUUACAAACAAGAUACACUCAAAGCUAUCUUAGGAGUCUUGCGGACGUGGGGUCCCUCCAAUGAUAAUUUCCCCGGCGGAUUACCUAGGGAUUGGCUGUCGGAUGUUCUUCUGUGGCAACCACGGGACGGUAGCGAAUAUCAUAGUGGCCAUGCGUCGAGGAUAGGGAUUCCGACAUGGUCUUGGGCUGCGUGGUCGCUAAGUGAGGGUUGCAUCUGGCCAGAAUAUACAAAAGGCGUUGCGUGUCGAGACCAGCCGAUUACAAUACACACCGAAGACAAUGGCUCUAUCUAUUCAUACAACAUUGAACCGCAAUACAAAGAGCCAUGGAGAGUAGCGAAGAGAAGCUCAGAGCUCCUCUCAGUCACUGCUCAGCAACAUUUGAAAGGAUCUGGCACCUUGCUGAGCUUUCAGUCGCCUGUCUGCUUGUGUAAAGUGGGCGAGGUGAUCAAGAAGAGGAAGGACGUAUCUGCGGAUGCACUUCAAAUGUUUUACAUAUUGGACGGUAUCAACCAACGUGUUGGUAUAGUAUGGACGUCUGAACGCGUAGCCCAAAUGCCUCGGGGUCACGAGUUCAUUGCUCUCUCGUACAGGACAUCAGGCACGACAUUGAAGAACGCGGUUGAUAAGAAAUAUAUACCCAAGCGGAAAAUAACACAAGCUGCUAAGGUCGACCCUGUAAGUGGUACGUCGUACCUGCAGCCUGAUAAGGAAGUGGAUCGCUCUGCGGGAGACUGGAAAGUCAUUAAUGUUAUGCUUGUGGAGUGGAAAGAUGACGUUGCAUUUCGGGUAGCUAUUGGCCAGAUUAUCUCCACGGCCUGGGGAACAUUGGGAGAGCAGUUAGUGUAUCUUGGCUGA